AUGUGGCGCCCAUGUUUUAGGGUUCUUGAGAAUGUGGAUUUCUUCGCGAGGGCGGUGCGGCUGUGUGGCGAUGUUAGGGAUUUCCUCCAGGCGCAAUGGCUGCAUCGUCGGAUUCUCCAGAGCGGCCAGAUCAAGAACAGGUAUCUCGCGAAUCUGGUGGUGGAGAUGUAUGGCAAACUUGGCAUGGUGGAAGAAGCGCGCGGCGUCUUCGACGCAAUCGUGCAGCCGAAUCUCUUCUCCUGGACGAUCAUCUUGAAUGCCUACGCCCAGAACGGAUUCGUGGAGGCAGCGCGAGAGAUUUUCCGGGAGAUGCCGCAGAGGGAUGUGGUGGCGUGGAACGCGAUCGUCCAGGCGCAUGUUCUUGACGGGAAUCUGGGCGAUGCGCGGCGGCUGUUUGAUCUGAUGGAGAGGAGGGAUGCCGUGUCCUGGACGAUCAUGCUUGCGGCAUACUCGGAGCUGCGUGACGCUAGUAAAUCCGAAGAGAUCUUCGAGAGGAUGCCGGAGUGGACGAGAUCAUCCACGAAUGCGAUGCUUGCAGCAUAUGCCCAGACUGGGCAUUCCAGAGAAGCGAGGAGCUUCUUUAUAGCUAUGCCUGAGAAGGACGCUAUCUCCUGGGACACGCUCCUCUCGGCGUAUGCUUACGAUCGAUACUGGAGGGCGGUGCUCGCGACUUUCGAUCGCAUGCCACAGCACUGCGAGUUUUCGUGCUCGCUAUUGAUCGGGGCCUUCGCGCAGACGAAACGAAUCGAGGAGGCGCGAGGCCUCUUUGAUCGCAUUCCUGCGAAGAGCGUGGUGAUCGAGAGCGCGAUGCUGGACGUCUAUGCCCAGAGUGGGAACCUGGAGGAAGCGAAGAUCUUCUUCGAUGGAAUGACGCAGAGGAAUGUGGUGUCCUGGAACACCGUCUCUGGAGCGUAUGCCCAGUUCGGGUAUAUGGAUCUGGCAAAGGUGGUGUUUGAGAAAAUCCCAGCUUGGAGCAUCGUUUCCUGGAACGUUUUUCUGCAAGGAUUCUCCUCGGCUGGAAAACUCGACGAGGCCAUGGAAGUUUUCGAGACCAUGCCGCAACGCAACGCUCUUUCGUGGGUUGGCGCGAUCAUGGCCUAUGCGCAGCUCGGGCAUAUCAAGAGGGCGAUGCAAGCUUUCGAGGCAAUGCCGCUCCAAAACAUGGUUUCGUGGAUGAUCAUGGUGGUGGCCUACGCCGAGAAGGGACACAUAUCCGAGGCGAGGAGAUUGUUCCAGACGGUUCCUCGGCAGGAGAGCCUCUCCUGGAGCUUCGUGGUGGUGGCUUACUCGUUCAUCGGAGCUGGAAGGGAGGCUCUCGAGGAGUUUUACAGGGUCGAUCUGGAAGGGAUCAAGCUUGACAGCGUGAUGUUCUGCCGGAUCCUCCACGCUUGCUCCCACACGGGGCUCGUGGACGAGGCACUCUACUUCUUUAGUGUCAUGGUGGAGCGUGGAGUGGCAGUGGAACAGGAGCACUACAACUGCAUUGUGGAUAUCUUGGGACGAGCAGGAAGGCUGGAGGAGGCUGAGGAGGUGCUAAACAGCUUGCCUUCCCUGGCUCCACACCUAGCGGGAUGGCAGAGCUUGCUGAGCUCUUGUAAGAUCCAAGCCGAUGCCAGGCGUGGAGCUAGAGCUGCGCUGCGUGUGAUCCAGUCCAGUCCCGGCUGCUCGUCUGGAUACUCGCUUCUCGCAAACGUUCUCAAGUUUUCUUCCAGUUAAGGCGCGGUUCCUUCUUCCUUCUUGGAUGCGCGUGAGGCCGCCGACUUCAGGCCGCCAGUUUUGAAGAGAUUUGGACGACAAAGGCAACGAUUGGGACGUUUUGAUGGUGAUGACCACUUCAUCGACGUCUGGGUACUUUUAUCACAGCUGCACAGGGUCGGCCGAUGUCCAAAGUGACUCAUGACUUUCGAGAAGAACACCAAAGAGCACACGAGGACUGACCUUUUCUUUCCAGAUCUUUGUAGGGUCCUAGUGAUGCAAGAAGAAGAUGGACGCAAUCCAUCCCACAGACAACCAGAGCAGCAGGCAAUCUCUUUCGGGAAACUUUACGGGUAAGAAUAGAGUAGAGGAAACCAAAGAUUCGCUUGAUUCUUUUAAGACACUCGUCCAGUCAGGAGGCACGACCAUUCCAAACUUUGAAACGACGCAAAACUGGUGAUGCGCGGGCUGACGAAACAACCGAGUAGGAUAUCCAGUCGCCUCGCAGAACAAGAAAAAAGACAAUUUUUCGGUACGGCGCCAUAUGUACGACGCGUUUUUCUUCUUUUUGUGAACCACACAAACACUGUAAACUCCUGCGGCCGCACACCAUAGCUGGUCACAAGCUUGUUUCUCGUUUCGUAGCGCUUGCUCGUUUUCUAUUCUUUUUCGUUGCGAUCGAUCUUUCCUUUGUCCUGGUGACACACAACACAAGCAGAUAAAAGUUCUUCGAGAUCA